AAAUGAUAAAUGUAACAAAUUUAAAUAUAUUAUCCGCGGAGAAAAGAUCCGGUACAAUUAAUGUUUCAAAAACACUAGCAACAGGAUGGAAAAUACUGUACUUGUCAUAAUUGUUAAACAUAUACACGUACGUAUACCUUCUCUAAGGACUGGGAUAAAAAUUGGAAGAUUCUGUAAUGAAAUUUGUCUACAAAAGAUAGAGCCCAUUUCUUUUAAAGUGAAAAAGAAGACGUCUAGAUGCAUAUAAAAUUAGUUUGAAAUGAUAAAGACAAUCUAUAAAAAGAUGAUUAAAAAGAGAGUAUAAAGGUUUUUUUUGUUGGACUGCAUUUGCUAAAAUUAGCAUAUUUAAACGCGUCUCUCUCUCCAAAUUCGAAAUAUAUAAACUCAUCGAGUAUCUAUUAGUUGCAGAAUCAAAACAGAAAGAAUGUGCGAGAAAAGAGAGGAAAGCAUUACGUUGGCCAUCGACAGAGACAAAGAGAGCCAGAACGCUUUAAAAUGGACAGUCGACAACCUUGUUAGCAAAGGACAGACUCUUACUCUUCUUCAUGUCAAACUCAAACAAUCAUCUUCGCUUCCUUCGGGUACGUCACCAUCUUUCUUUCUUUUUUUUUUCCAAAUGCAAAAUUACUUUGAUUGAUUUUGUUGUUUGUUAAUGCAGGGAAUAAGUCAAGCGAUGAUGGCGCAGAAUUGUUUCUUCCAUUCCGCUGCUUCUGUGCUAGAAAAGAUGUGCGUUUUCGUUGCAUCUUAUCUCUUCUUUCAAACAAUCUUAUUCAUUUGACCGACUCUUGUAACAGGUCCUCUGCCAAGACGUGAUUGUGGAGGACAUGAGUGCGGCUAAAGGAAUACUUGACUUUGUGCAGAAGAAUGCAGUCGAGACGCUAGUAGUCGGUGCAUCCAAGAUGACUCUUUUAAGGUAAAUAGGCAACUGCUUUCUCCCAUUUUAGACAAGACAUGAGCAUACUUAUAUACAUUACUUUUGUUGGUAGAAGGUUCAAAGCACCAGAUGUUUCAAGCACUGUCAUAAAAAAGGCACCUAGUUUUUGUACAGUAUAUUCAAUCUCUAAAGGAAAAAUCUCUUCCAUGAAAUCAUCGACAUCUUCACUUCCGAGUUCCACUAUGCGGCAGCGUGUACAAACUCAAAAGAGCAAUAUGAAUAGUAUAUAUUACCCCUUUUAAAUUUUUUUCUAACAUCUCUUUUGUUACCCUUAUUGAUUAAAUGGCUUUCAUGUCCCAGUUCAAAGGAGGCAAAGUACAAUGCAACGAACACAUGACGAGAUCGAGAUCAAGUACGCUGGUUACCUAUGUAACAUGUUUCAUUCGUUCCCAUAAAAAAUAAGUUUUAAAACUUAUGAAAACCACCAAUGUUGAUUAGGUCUCCCUUUACGAGAAGAGGAUACGAAGGCACAUACCAGGCCUCGAUGAUGGACUCCGAUAUAUCGUUUGUGAGUAGUGGAAGACCUAGCGUGGAUCUUAUGUUCCCUUCCUUUCAUGACCAUGUCGACGUUCCGCGCCUCUCACUCAACUCUGAAUAUGAAGAAAAUCGAAUUAGUAUUGCGACAUCUUGCUCGUCAGAUAAGCAGUCCAUAGAUAUUGGUUCUUCAUAUGCAGCAUUUUCAUCAAGCUCCCUUGGAAGUGGGAGACAAUCAUGUUCACUAUCGAGCCAGGUUAGCUUACUUUCACCACUGAUUGCACAUGAUAAAGUUUUUUUUCAUUUGUUUAAACUAAAAUCUGACAGGAUGAGAUGGAAGCCGAGAUGAGAAGGUUGAAAAUGGAGCUAAAGUAUACAAUGGACAUGUAUAACACUGCCUGCAAGGAAGCAAUUUCUGCCAAAAAGGCGGUAUGUUCGAGUUUUGAACGAUAAAUAAAUAAAAUAAUAAUUUCUAGUCAGAUAGGCGCACGCAACUCAUAUAUGUAUAAUCAAAAUCCGAUUCAUCUACAAUCAGGCUACUGAGUUACACAAGUGGAAAGCAGAUAAGGAACUGAAAUUAGAAGAGGUAAGACUUGCCAAGGAAACAGCGAUGCAAAUGGCGGAGAGUGAGAAAGAAAAGAGUAGAGCUGCUAUGGAAACUGCAAUGGCAUCCCACAGAAUAGCAGAAUUUGAAGCUCAAAAGAGAAAGCAUAUUCAAACCGCAGAGGAAAAGAAGAGGGCGACGAGUUCUUUGGCGAAAACUGAUUUAAGAUACAGGAAAUACAUAAUCGAGGAGAUUGAAGAAGCCACAGAAGAUUUCUCUCCCAGUCGCAAGAUUGGAGAAGGAGGUUAUGGACCUGUUUACAAGGGAUCACUAGAUUACACACAAGUGGCAAUAAAAGUUCUAAGACCAGACGCGGCACAAGGAAGGUCUCAGUUCCAGCAAGAGGUUGAAGUACUAACCUGUAUGAGACAUCCGAACAUGGUUCUCUUACUUGGAGCCUGUCCGGAAUACGGAUGUUUAGUCUACGAAUACAUGGCAAAUGGUAGCUUAGAAGACUGUCUGUUCAGACGAGGAAACUCUCCAAUUCUUUCUUGGCAGCUAAGAUUUCGCAUAGCAGCUGAAAUUGCAACCGGUCUGCAUUUCCUCCACCAGAUGAAACCGGAGCCUUUGGUUCACCGUGACCUUAAACCGGGAAACAUUUUACUUGACAAGCAUUUCGUCAGCAAGAUUUCUGAUGUUGGCUUGGCAAGGCUAGUCCCUCCAUCGGUUGCAGACACCGUAACACAAUAUAGAAUGACGUCAACAGCCGGAACAUUCUGUUAUAUAGAUCCAGAAUACCAGCAGACCGGCAUGCUGGGGACUAAAUCAGACAUCUACUCGUUCGGGAUUAUGCUUUUGCAAAUACUUACAGCUAAGCCACCAAUGGGUUUGACACACCAUGUUGAGAAAGCAAUCCAAAACGGAAAAUUCGCCGAGAUGUUAGACCCUAUUGUUCCUGACUGGCCAGUCGAAGAGGCCUUGGUUGCAGCCAAACUUGCUCUAAAAUGUGCAGAAUUAAGACGCAAAGACAGGCCUGACUUGGGUCACGCUGUUUUGCCUGAGCUUAACAGACUGAGAGCACUAGCCGAAGAAAUCAUGCCAUCUGUUAACUUUGGCAGAAGCCUUCGACCUUCACCGAAUACUACUACGAACCGGAAUAACUGCCACAUACAGCGUCCAGUUGCCACAACUUCACUAUAUGUAUGAGUCCAUUAAAGUGUUUUAGCAGAUUUUAAACAUUGCUUGGUUAGUAAGCCAUAUUUUCACUUUGCAGGAUAUUAUGAGUGAUCCACAGCUACAAUAAGGAUCCGAUAGCUCUGGUUUCCAAAAAUAAUCUACAUACUGAAGAGGAAAAUCCAAGUCGAAAACAUUGAAAGACGAACAUAUACAUCUCGAGAAUUGUUUCUACCCAUAGCGGCGUAUUCUGUACAUUUCAACAGAGUAAUCUAUUUAUAUAUGUUGGUUUUUAGAGUUCCUACCAUGUUGCCCCUGUAUACUUCAUAAUCUAUACUAACUUUGAUUGUUGUAAAUGAAAACAGCUUGUUCUUAGCAACACACAAUAGCUUUUAUAAUGUUUGAAUGUCUUCCACCACUCUGGACGUCAGAGAUAUCUUCUCAUUUUGUGUGGUCAGAUAUCUCAUAUUAAUUGAAAAGUAUUACAACAAUUUUUUUUAGCCACAUAUCAUCAUUAAAAUUUUUUAGAAUCUUUAGAAAAUAGGUUGGUCAAUCUAAACAUAUAUUAUACUUUUUAUUAAAUUAACUAUCAAAUUAAUUAAUAGUGUAUAAAAUAAUAUUUUAUAUUCUUUCCUUAAAUAAAAGCUACGAAUUAACUAAUAUGAUAUAUGAUAAUUAAUGAUUAUGAAUAAUAAAUAUUUGAUAACAAUUUUUAUAUCAUCCCUCUUUAUUGUUUAACUUUAUAUUAUUUAAAAAAAUUAAACAAUCACAUUAACCAUAUAAUAAAAUAUUUAAAUUUUUUUUAUAUGUUAUAUUUUAAAUUUUUUUAAACGAUUAUAAAUUACUAAAAAUGGUUAAAAUCUCAUAUCAAAAAAUUUGUGAUCAGUAGUUUAACAUUUUCUUUAUAACAAGAUACAAAUGAUUAUAAAAUCAUAUUGAAUAUGAAAUCUUAUUUAAUAGAUAUUCAUAUUAAACAUAUAUACAUAAAGUCAUAUGAAUAUAUACAUGUCUAUUUUAAUGUCAUUUAAAUUAAACUAUAUACCGUAUAAAAAUACAUAAAUUUGCAUUGAAAAAAUAUUGAGAUCUUCGUAUUUUAAUUUGAAAUUUGCAUUGAAAAUUUCUCAUAUAAAAAAAGUUGUGAUUAAUGGUUUACAUUUUUUGUUACAUCAAAUAAACAUCUCGAUUGAAUUGAAUUGUGCUUUUGCUCGACAUUAUAUUCUUCAAAUAUUACAUCUCGAUUUGACUCCAAAGUCUAAUUCAUUGUAACAGGAGAUGGCAGAGUAGCACUUAGUAUUUGCAAAACUAGGAUUAAUCCGAGAUUGUAUAAAACAUGACAUGAUUGCAAUAAAAA